AUGGCUCUGCACUCAGACAGUUGGUUGGAUCCAGUUGAACUGGAGUUCAGCGACAUGUUCCUGUCCCUCGGCUGGGGCGCCUCCUACUCCUCCCUCGGGCAGGGCAACCUGCGCGUCCAGUUCUGUUCCCUCUCAGACGACGAGAUCAAAACCCAGGAGCUGGCCAUCGUCGACGCAUCUUUGGUCUACGAGGCGAGUUCAUGGCCAGAACGUGGACGACCAGCAGCCACGCGUUCAACUUUCGCAUGCUCGAGGAUGUGGGAACUGCCCGGUGCCACUUUUGCCGUCCGGACGCCCAAAUUCCGCGGCAGCUCCACGCAGCUAGCGCCGGGACUUCAUAUUCACGGCACCGUCCCCGCGCCGCUAUGGACAAAUAGUUUGAGGUUAUUUGGGGCUUCGCAUCCUCAGAGGCUCUGCUGGGUCCUAUUUAUGCCUUCUUCAUUUGGGGGCCCACGUCACGGGCUGGGGGUAAAGUCCUGCACUUAA